GCUUGAACAGGUCCGAGCAGCGCAGGAUCCAUGUGAAGUCGGAUUUAACCUCUGUGGACUUUCCCACCGGGAGCCGGAUCUAUUUACCUUUUGUUCAGGCGUUUCCUCGGCCCCCUCCGUCUUCUAUGUGAACCGGGCGCCAUGGGGACGCUGGUGUUACUUGCAGUGGUGCAGGUAGUGGCUGCGGGUCUGGUGGCUUCCGAGUGUCCCGCGGUUUGCGAGUGUCCCGCGGGACCUCCCUCCUGCCCCCCAGGGGUCAGCUCCGUCCCGGACGGCUGCGGCUGCUGCAAGGUCUGCGCCGCCCAGCUCAACCAGGACUGCCACGACGGACGGCCAUGCGACCACCACAAAGGCCUGGAGUGCAACUAUGGAAAUGAUGUCGGACGCACGCACGGCAUCUGCCGCGCCAAAGCUGAGGGGCGCUCCUGCGAGUACAACGGACGGAUGUACCAGAACGGUGAGAAUUUCAGCGCGGGGUGUAAGCACCAGUGCACCUGCAUUGACGGCGCCGUGGGCUGUAUUCCCCUGUGCCCCAGCCACCUCCCCCUGGCAUCGCCAGCGUGCCCGGCGCCGCAGCUGGUCAAAGUGCCGGGGCAGUGCUGCCUCAGUAUCGACUGCCACAAGGGAACCAGUGUGGUCCCCCCAGUGUUCCGGCGCCCUCAGCCCCCAGUUUACUCGCCAUACCCCUUCAUUCCGUACCCGGCCUACCCUUACCCAAAGCCUUACCCCAAACCCUAUCGGAAGCUGCACCCUUUCAAGCCCAAAAAAGACAAGGACCCCCUGGGGAACGAGCUGGUGGAGGUGGGGCGCAAGUGGGACAAGCCACGUGGGCACAAGCACCUGGCGGCACUGAGGCAGCUGGGGGACCCGUGUGUGGUGCAGACCACUUCCUGGUCUCAGUGUUCCAGGAGCUGCGGUAUGGGUGUUUCCUCUCGCGUCACCAAUGACAAUACCCGCUGCAAGCUGAUCAAGGAGACUCGUCUCUGCAACGUCCGCCCCUGCAGCUCCAUGUCGGUCCCAGUCAAGAAAGGAAGGAAGUGCUCUCGCACCCACAAAGCUCCGGAGCCCCACCGCCUGUCCUACGCCGGCUGCCGGAGCACCCGCCUCUACAGGCCCAACUACUGCGGCGUGUGCCGGGAUGGCCGCUGCUGCUCACCUCGCCGCACGCGCACGGCCAGCGUGACCUUCGCCUGCCUGGACGGCGAGCACUUCAACCGCUCGGUGAUGUUCAUCCAGUCCUGCAAGUGCAGCGACGACUGCAACCACCUCAACGAGGCGGCGCUGCCGCCGCAGAGAUGGCUCUAUGGAGACACGCACAAGUUCAUGGACUAGAGCUGCUCUUCUGUCGGCCUCCAGCCAGCCCCGUCUAGAAUAGUGCUCCUGUAGCGUGUCUGGAUGGAGACCAAACAGAGCGAGCUGUAGUUUAGGUCCUGCCAGCCAAGUUCCCUAGAGAUCUGCGUGGAUUCUUCACGUCGUCCGCAUCACCCAAAUCCCAUGAACUCUCUCAGACUUUUGUUGGGGGUGAUGUGCCAAGGCCUCGCGCAAAUGAAGGAAGUGGAAUUUGGAAGAGGACUGGACAAGAAUGAAAGACAUUGAUGGGCGAGGGAAGCGUGUCAGGCGGCUUGGCAGGCGCGAGGCUUCAGCCCUUUUAUGGUAUUUAUUCUAUGGUAUUUAUUGUUGAGACUGACACGACGCAGCGGGCCGCCACCAGGGAAGGCAGCGCUGCUAUGUUGAAAACAGCUGAGAGUCGUGGACUCCUGCAGAGCCAGGGCUUGACCGCAGGGUCGCCGAGGGAAGCGAUGACUCCUGUUGUCUCCUUCUGCAUUAGUGGGUUUCAUGUCAGAGGUUGUGUACACAGCCGAUUGCUUGUCUUCACCAGAGGCUGAGGCAUUCUGCAAGCACCGGAGGAACAAGCCCGGGACACUGCCUCUGCGCAGCGAGGGCGACCAGCCCAGAAACGUCAGAGCCUCGUCGCAAGAGAUCAUUCAUAAACGGCAUGCUCUGAAGUGUCAUUUCUGCAACCAACCAACGCUUGUGUGCCACCGCUGAUGACCACCAGGGGCAGCGCUGCCAGAGGUCAACAUGAUACCUCACUCAUGCAAACGUUCAUGCACCUUAGCGCCAUGGUUUUGUAUCAUUUUGUAAGCAUCAACACACCAAGCUUGAUUUAUAGCGGUUUUACUGGUGUUUUUUUUCUAUUGAGCAACAGAUGGGCAUUUCGCAUCUUUUGGUGAAUUAAAAAGAGAAUUCCUGCUUCAAUAAGUUCAGUUUUCAAUGGAAAAUACAUGGGCAACAAGCUUACUUUAGGACGCAAGUACGGCCGAAGGAUUAUACUUCUGACAAUACUCAGCUCUGUGUGGGAGUGUUUUAAAGCUUGAUCUGAAGCUUUCCUGCUCCACAACAGUGGCUUUUGUGUUGGAUUUUACUUGUCUAAAUGUAUUGUUUUUCAAGAGCAAAUGAGAGUACUUUAGCAUCACCUGCAAUAAAAACUAAAAGAUGAAGUCACACUCACGUGAGAGGGGAUAGAAAAGGGCUGCCAUUGAAUCACAGUCCAGUCCUUCAUACAAAGUUCAAACAUUUCAACAACUAAAACUGCUGGAGUAGUCAAAACAGAAGUCUGAACUCGUGAAAUGUCCACUCAGAAGGCAUGGUGCUCCAAAUUCACAUGGUGACUUUAUUAGAGGCUUUCAGUUGGGAACAACUGCCGCGACACAAUUCUCAUCAGCUGUUGCUAAACAUCGAGCGAGCAAA